AUGAAGACGAAGCAUGUUGAUUGUUCUGAUACGUUUAAUACUUCUCAGGUGUUUGCUACUGAAGAUGAUGUUUUGCAGUGGGCUCGAUCAUUUGCUUAUGAAAUUGGAUUUGUCGCGGUGAUUAUGAGGUCAAACACAAACACUGGUAUGAGAGGAAGGACUUCAUUUGUGUUAAUUGGUUGUGAAAGGAGUGGUCAGUAUAGGUCUAGAAAGAAAUAUUUUGUUAGAAGAGAUACUGGCAGUAGGAAAUGUGGGCGUCCCUUUAAGCUUCAUGGGAAACCAGUGGUUGGAGGCCAAGGAUGGAUGGUGAAGUUAAUGUCACAGGUUGUACCAUGUGUGGUGAAGCUCAUGAGACAAGCCAAUGCAUCCCCACUGAAGAAAACACUCAAGAAAUUCAUUUCAUGGGGAAUCAGCAAAGGCAAGGGUACACUCAAGGAGGGUUUUUAG